AUGGACCUUUUUUUGUUAUUUUGGACCAUCUGCCGUCACUGUUCCUAUCAUCUUUUGGCCAUGGAGACUGGAAACCUUUCACCAAAUGGUUUUAUUUCAAAAAAAGAUUCUUUUAAAAACGAGAAAUUCCUUGUUUCGAUCACUGAAAAAUCCAUAGCAAGUCCCACCACUGCUCAACUAUCUGCCUCUACAGCAACCAGUUCAGAUUCGCUAAAUUCACCUUCGCAUGCUUAUCGGACCUUUCUAGAUUUACCUUCACUUGAUGGUGAUGAUGUCCAAUCUUCUGCUUAUUAUGCUCAUGCUUCCUCUUGGUCCGACUAUGCUUUUGCAUUCCGCUUCUCAGAUGCUCUCCUUCUCUUUUUGACACUCACAUUCACAUGCCUGUCUGCGUCUUUGGAGCCGCUAAUGACUUGGACCAUUGGCAAGAUCUUUGAUGCUUUUUCCAACUAUGCACGCUCUGCUAUCUCUAUCGAUGAAAUGUGCUCCAUCGUCAAUUUUAAUUCACUUCUUAUUUGUCUAUUUGGGAUUGCCUCUUGGGUGUUCAGUUUCGCCGUUCGUUUUUACUGGCAGUACCUCAGUGCGAUCAUUGGAAAACGGUCUCGUUCUCUCUGCUUUCAUGCCCUAACCAGUAAACCAUCUGCUUUCUACUCACUAAUCAACAGCUCUAGCUCCUUAAUUAAUUCUGUAGACAGAUGCGUUCAAUUUUAUGAAUCCUCCAUCAACCUUCCCCUUUUUCAUAUCAUGGAAAACUUGGCUGUUGUCAUCUCUUCCCUCGUUAUGUCUUUUCGUUACAGCUGGUCCUUGACGCUUAUCAUCAUGGCCUCUUAUCCAAUUAUUAUGUUUGUCGUUGCUUUCAUCAAUUCUUUUCUUUAUAACAGCUAUGAAGGCGACCGCCUUGCUUCCGAGAAAGCCGCUACUAUUAUUGAAAGAGUCUUGAUGGCUUUCAAAACCGUUACCUUUCAUGCCAUGCAAAAGUACGAGUUUCAAAAUGUCCAAGGCGCCAUCGACCACAGCUCCAAAUUCUUUCUCCGAUUUUCCUUUCUUCAUUCCCUACAGGGUGGCAUCUCACAAUUUUUCUUAUAUUCGGUUUUUUUCCAAGGCCUUUGGUAUGGCAACCAUUUAGCCAACUCUGGAAAAGUUACUGCUGGUCAAGUUGUUACCGUUUUCGGUUCUUGUCUUUCUAUUGCCUCUGCUAUUCAGCAAAUCCUUCCCUCCAUUCCUGAUCUUAUAAAAGGAAAGUUUGCUUCCCAUUUUCUCAAAUCCUUAUGUCAUGAACCUUUCUCUUCCAAACAAAAACCUCCUAAAGUUGGCAUCCAAGAUGUUAGCUUAUCUUGGAGUUUCAAUAUGCGUAACGUUUCGUUUAUGUAUCCAAGUACAGAAGAUCAUAAGCCUUUCAGUCUCGUCAAUAUCUCUAUGUCCAUUCCUUCUGGUAAGGUUUCCCAUAUCAUUGGGCCGAGUGGUUCAGGUAAAAGUACAAUUGCUACUUUGCUUAUGAGUUUUUUCCAACCAACCUAUGGCUAUAUAUAUAUUGAUGAUGUCCCUUUAGCAAUGAUCGAUCCAAACUACGUCUAUUCUAAUGUUACGUUAGUCAGACAAGAUGCUGUCGUAUUUGACAUGACGAUUCGUGAGAAUAUCAUGAUUGGAAAUCAUAGUGCUUCUAAUGAUGAUUUCGAAUGUGCUGUUCGCCUGGCCCUUGUGGACGAAUUUGCUUGGUCUUUCGACAAAGGAUAUGAUACUCCUUGUCAUGAAGGAACCCUCAGCGGUGGGCAACGGCAAAGAAUUGCUUUGGCUAGAGCCCUUCUUCGAAAUACUGAAGUUUUAAUCCUCGAUGAACCUACUAGUGGCUUAGACAUCAUAUCUAAAAAUCUAGUCAACGAUGCCAUACGUGCACACCGCUUGGGUAAAACCACUAUUUACAUUACCCAUGAUAUGUCUCAUAUUUACGAUGAUGACUGGGUAUUUUUUAUUGAAAACGGUCGUUUACUCCAGCAGGGUUCGAAAAGGAAGUUACGCGAUCUUGGAAUUUUCAGUAAUCCAUCCGAUGAAUCAAAUGAAACCUCUUCAGAAACUACCAUACUCGAAGAUCCAUUUCUAGAAAAUUUCGAAAAGUCAGAGGAAACCUAUUCAGCUUAUGGUGACAUCUCUCCCUCUUUCGUUGAUGCGUCGCCAAUCAUGUCCGUCGUGCGCAAUCGAGAUCCAAAAAGUCACUAUGCAGCACAAGAAAAACCAUCAGAUACUAUAGAUGGCAAUAACCGCUUAUUUCUGAAAGAAAAGGAAUCUAUAUAUUCCGUAUUUACUAUCUUUAAAAGCUUAUGGAAAGUUCAAAACGCCAGGCAUUUGUUUUUCCUUGGGUGUUUGACUUCUUUAGCUCAAGGUGCUAGUAUACCUGUAUUAGCUUUUAUCGUAUCUAAGUCCCUUAACUUAUUUAUGCACCAAAAUAUGUCUGUUGGAAUUGCAUUAUGGUCUUGCUUGAUUUUGGUAGUAGCCGCGUUCACUGGGUUGUUUUAUUUUUUGAGUCAUUACGUAUUUACCAUGGCCGCUACAAAUUGGUGUGACCAUUAUCGUCUUCUUGGUAUCAAAAUGUUGCUAUCUCAAGACCAGGAAUGGUAUGACGAGACAUCAAAUUCACCUCUUUUAUUUUCUAAAAUCUUGGUGGGUAACAUUAAUGAUAUGAGAAACAUGAUUGAUUCUUUAACAGAAGAACUUUUUGUUGCUUUUGUAAUGAUGUUAGUCGGGAUGAUAUGGGCUUUAAUAACUGGAUGGAGACUGGCUAUUAUUCUGACAGCAGUAAGUCCUAUCUUAAUAAUUACCUCUAAGGUUUUUUCUUACUUAUACGUUAAAACAGAAAAAGAUUGCCAAGACUGUUCAAUUGCUACUACCUCUGUUUUACAUCAAACAACAUUGAAUCUUGACGCAAUAAGAGGACUCUCUGUUAUGCCAUAUUUUCGCGAGAAGUAUAAAGCACUCCUUAAGGACUAUUGGAAUUCCACUAAAAGGAAAGCUAUAUAUACUAGUUUAGGAUACUCCGUUACCUGUUCUCUUUUGUACUUUGUUCGUUCUCUUCUUUUUUAUGCUGCGGCACAGUUCAUAUCAAAGAACUAUUAUAGUGUUGAACAGACCAUACAAAUUUUAUCUCUAGCGACAUUUACAAUGGUAUCUGCCUCUAGUUGCAUCAUGUCUUUGCCAAAUGUCUCUGCUAGCAGAAUUGAAGCUAGUAGAAUUCUGCGACUAGCUGACAUGAAGCCUGGAAAACUUAAUGAUCAAGGAAAUAUGAAAUUUCCUUUCGUUGGGAAGAUUAAUUUUGACAAAGUAACCUUUGCCUAUAACCAAGAGCGAGGAGAUUCUGCUUUAAGCGACGCAUCCUUUUCCAUAAAACCAAAAGAGAAAGUUGCUAUUGUCGGUGGAUCUGGUUCGGGAAAAUCGACUACGGCCGAGUUGCUUCAGAAGGUUUAUAUGUCGGAAAACAUUUAUAUUGAUGGCUAUCCACUUUCUGAAAUUGAUACCAGAUGGUUAAGAAGAAAAAUGGCUGUUGUAGACCAAAAGCCACACUUGAUGGGUGAAACAAUUUUAGAGAGUUUACUCUAUGGCUGCGACGCGAACAUGGUAAUGAUUGAAGAAGCGUUAAAACAAGCUGAUAUUCUUGAAACGUUACAAAAUCUGCCUAACUACUUGGAAUCGCCAAUAUCCGAGUUUAGUAAAAAUCUAUCUGGUGGCCAAGCUCAACGCUUGGCUAUUGCAAGGGCAUUGCUUCGAAAACCAAGACUGUUAAUUUUGGAUGAAUGUACUUCUGCGUUGGACUCUGACUCAUCAAAAAAAAUUGAGCAAACGAUUCAAAGCUUAACAUGUACAGUACUUAUAAUCACACAUCAAACUUCGUUAAUGAGACUAGCUGAUCGUAUUGUUGUCAUGGAUUCCGGUAAAGUUAUGGAAACUGGUUCAUAUGAUGAAUUAAUGACUCCUCAUACUCAUUUUUGGAAACUUGUCCAUAAUGGUAAAUGGACAGAUUAA